ACGUCACAAAAGCCGAGAGACAUGGUGGAGUAGAACGGUGGGGUGCACGACGGUCGCGUUGAAAAAUGUCCGAUUACUUUAAUUUAUCAUCGAGGUGAACGCUGGUAAACAGACCGCGCUCGUAUCGUCACGAGAGUAGAUCUUUGAGCCGGUGUAGUAUCAAAUCUGGACGCUACUGUGUCGCCGUUUUAACACGUGGACAGAAAAAAGAUAGAAAAGAAAAAAAAAAUAUAUAUAUAUAUAUACACACACACACAUAUAUAUAUAUAUAUAUAAAAAGAGGAGGAACAAAAAUCAAAGUGAGAAAGAUAGGGAUAGAGAGGGAGAAAAAAAAGAGAAAAAAAGAAGUGGUCGUUCGUCGAAGAAACUUGGGGAAUCGAAUCGACGAGUAGAUUUUUGAAGGAAAAAUAAACAUAUAGAAAAAGAGAGAGAAAGAGAAAGAAAGAAAAAGGAAGAUUCAGUAAUAGAGCUACGAAUACGAAGAGUGAGAUAGACGGAGAGGAAGAAGAGGAUAAAACGGAAAGUGCAGCGUGACCUGUCCAAAGAACCAGCUUUGGGAGCCUGUGAUCACGCAUGUGAGAUUGCCUCUAAAGCGAGAUAAACUCGCUGCAAAUUAUACUCGAGUGGAUCAAAACAAGGAUGGAGAGUAUUAGGGAGGAAUGAUAGAAUGCAAGAGGGUAGCACCGCCGUGGCGCUAGCGAUGGUGACUCCUGGUUAUGAUCAGGACCCUGCGAGUGGGGUUGCCGAUUAUACGACCCAUCAGGACCAGGCCCAAUUCGAAGCAGAUAAGAGGGCCGUAUAUAAGCAUCCCCUAUUCCCGCUUCUCGCGUUACUCUUUGAAAGAUGCGAACAAGCGACUCAGAGUUCGGACAACUCGACGUCCGAGAGCUUCAACAUGGAUAUACAAGCUUUUGUUCAGCAUCAAGAAAGAGAUCGAAAACCUUUCCUAAUCAAUGACCCAGAAAUUGAUGGUUUGAUGAUCAAGGCGAUACAAGUGCUGCGAAUUCAUCUCUUGGAAUUGGAAAAGGUACAGGAGUUGUGCAAAGACUUCUGCAACAGAUACAUAACGUGCCUGAAAGGCAAGAUGCAGAGCGAGAAUUUGUUACGCAGCGAUUACAGUCAUCAUGGACACGACAUGGGUCCGUCCAGUGGCAGCAAUGGCAGCAGUCCAUUGCAGGUGCUGUCAUCUACAGGCAAUGAUGUUGAGUCGGGAACUAACGGAUUCAGAGUAAGCAGAGGGGAUCUGCUAUUGGAAAACGUUGGUGCAAAUCAAGUAGCCGUACAAGAGGAUGUUGGAAACGAUAGACCUUCCUCGGUUCGAUCGACGUCUACCAAUCAAUGUUCUGUCAGAUCUAACAGCCAGGAUCAUGAUGAGCCAGUAUCACCCUCUACGGUACAUGGAAGUACACCACUUUCUCAGAUUGGCGCUCAUCCUUGCACUCCUGUUAACGAUAUGUAUCUUGGUCAAGAUGAUAUCGACUAUGUAAAUACUGCUGACAGAAUAUAUUUAGAAGAAGUUGGAUACUGGGGUCUUCUAGCACUACAAGAACGGGAAACCGAAUAUGUGGAUGUUGGAGAUGCUAAUGAUGAAAAGUAUUUUGAUAUUACUGUUGCAGGAUCCCCUUCUCCAGCUCCAAGCGAAGAUGAAGAAGAAUGUGGCACUGGUACUGUUACCUCAAAUCAUGGUAGUAUUCACGGUAGUAAUCAUGGAAAUGUCAAAAAGGGCAGACAGAAGCGCGGUGUUCUACCUAAACAAGCGACUAGUAUCAUGCGAACAUGGCUCUUUGCUCAUAUAGUUCAUCCUUACCCUACGGAAGAUGAGAAACGACAAAUCGCGAGUCAGACAAAUCUAACAUUGCUUCAAGUUAAUAACUGGUUUAUAAAUGCGCGCAGACGAAUCUUACAACCUAUGCUCGACGGUGCUGGUGCUGAAGCGGUAUCUCGUGUAGGAAAACGUCAUAAGGUGUCCAAGCAUGCGGUUCAGCAACAACAAAUUCAACAGCAACAAGCUGGCUGGCAGUCCGAAGAAUCGGGAAGUGACUCGGGUUCUAGCGAUGGUGAAGGAGGUGCCGAUAGAUCAAAAGACGGUAACGAUAGCGAUGAAGAUGAUCUUCACUGACCUCUGUCGAUCACUGAAACGUCAACCUCUUUAAGGUACCUUCAAAUCCAGUUGCUUAUUACAGUAUUAAGGUAUUCGAGGAUAGAUUUCGCUUUAACUGUUAAAUACGUAAUCAUUCUCGCGGCAACCAAGGGUACAUGAGUAGAGGUUAUCACGCUCUCUUAUCUAGCGAUGUUUCUGGUCUGGCUUCCUUUAUAUUAAAACAAAAUUCUUGUCUCUAAAUGAUUAAUUAAUCUCCGCUCAUUACCCAAGAGAUAAUAUUUCAAACAGAAAUACGAAAAUCGAUGUUCCAUAAGUACUGGAAAGAAAUCAAGGUCUUCGACGUGUAACUUAAUUAGAGAUACGAUUGCGUUUACGAGAAAAGAUAUAAAAUUUAUUUACUGGUGAUACAUCUUCAGUUUGGUAAAUUAGUAAUAAGGAUUAAAUUAUUCCUAGUACUUUUAUGGAUUACCAAUGUUUAUUGCUAGAGUCGUUCCGAGAGUUAUGACACCAUCGUAUCUGCAGAAAAUAUAAUUAGUACUUCCACGAUUCAAUAUUUUUUUACAAUUUAUCGUAAAAACUUUUUUUAGUCUGCAAGCAAUAGAAAUGUUACUUGAAAGUAUUAUCCGCACUGUUUAAUUUACACAAAAAAAAAAAAAAAAAAGAAAGAAAUAAAGAAAUGCAGACAAUAGAUAAAAUGCUACAUAUAAUAAUGAUAUUAAAAUCUGUAUAUAUCAUACGAUUUUGUUAUUUACUGUAAUUUCUAUUACAAUCAUCUAAUUUCACUAAGAAUAUCUUCGGAGAUGCGGAACAUGCCAUAAUAUACUAGCGUUUUUAUAUUUUUAUACAAAAGAAAUUGCUUUCUAAAAAGGUAUAUUCUUUGUAAAGUUACAAUAACUUAAAUUUUAUCAUGUUUUUCUAAUCUACGUGUGAUAAUGAGAGAAUAAUAAAAGAAGGGCAGUGUCUGAACGAGUAACCAAUAUUUAAUUUCUUUCACCUGUAUUUUAAUAUGACUUAACUUUGUAAAGAAAAUUAGUAAAUUUAACUAAACGAGUCGAGUUUAUUAAAUUAAAUGUUGAAUUUCUUCCUGUACACGACAUCCACUAGUCUUGUAUUCGCCGCAGACUCAGUUGUUUCAAUUGUGCAGAUAUAAUUAAUAAAAGUUUUAUAUAUAUGUAUAUAUAUAUAUAUAUAAAACUGUAGACUUAUAAUCAUUGUUUUCUGUGCCAUCAAGGAGCGUGGUAACUUCCACAAUCUUUAUUCAGCUCUGCAGUGUCGUGACAUAGCAAAGUGCUGUCCCUCCAAGUUAACAAUAAUAAUUAUAAUAACAAUAACGAAAAUGACGAGGAUAGUAAUAGUACUAAUAAUAAUACGACUAUUAGUAACACGAUGAUAAUAUAAUAAUACUUUAAAUAUAUGAUGAUUAUAUUUUUAAACUCUAAGUGUCGUCUCUGUGCAAGUACCGUAAUUUAUAAGACGGUAUUACUGUACAUAUGAAUAUGGAACUGUUACUAAGAUACAAAACUGAAGAAAAAUUAUUAUUAUCUAAAAGAAAAAUGAAACUUUCCUUUUAAAUUGACAAAGUCUAGCGAACGACGACACCCACAUGCCAUUUGUAGAAUAUAAGUAUUUGUACUUUUGCUGUCUACACAUGAUCAUUACGUUUUACAACAAAUAUUUAUAUUUACUGAAUACAGAGUGUUGGAAAUUUGGUUGAUUCGAUAAAUAUUCUAUAUGGAAAAUAAUAAAAAUAAUAGAAUUUCUAUUAUAAUGAGUUGCGUCGAUUAGAAAUAUUAAAAAUAAUUUUUGUUACAAAUUUUGAAAGUGUUUCUUUCAUAAUAUACAAGAAACAUUAUACUUAUUCCAUGUAAUCUCUUCUGAUGUUCCGUCCAUCACUUUGUACAUUUACGGAUACAUUUUCUUCCUGGAUAAUUUAAAAAAAAAAAAAAAAAAAGAAAUAAAGAAAGAAAAAGAAGGAAAAGAAAGAACAAAAAUGAAAGAAAACCAGAGCAGACAUAUGUAACAUAAUGAAAUUCUCUCGUAAAAAGAAUAUUGCAAUGAAAUUUAGAAUUUUUCUUUAGGAUUAUAUUUGAAUAGUUCAAUGUAUAGUACAUAUUUCAGUUUCUUCUUUUAUGAGUUUGCACAGAUAUCUCACAGCUUACACACGAUCACACUAGUCAGUUGAGUCUAAGAAAAAAAAAACAAAGUUCUUAAAACAAUAAUAUUGAACUAUCACUUGUACACAGUAAAGUUACAUAAACCUAAAGUCUUGAGUACUUCCUUAUGCUUUAAUGUACAUAGUAGAUUUACAGAGUGCUUCCAUUAGUAAUUUAUAAAUUAUCCUUCAGUGUAUUUACAAACGUGUACUUGAAGAGAUUAAAUGUAAGAUUUUGACUAACUUCAAUUGAAAAUUUUGUCCAAUGUAUUAUUGUAAACUGAGAUAUGCAAAAACAGAUGUGCUGACAUUAUUGUACAAUUAAAGUCCAGUAAAACGCUAUUAUCAGUUGAAGACAGCUGACAGUAUAGCUCCAUAUAUGUGGUAGUAAAAGAAAUUAAUAUAAUAUAAUACAAAAAAGGAAAUAUGUAAAGGUGAUGUACGAAUGAACGAACGGUGGUUUAACUAGAAAUACAUGUACUAUUUGAUAAAUGAUGUACGCUUAAAUUUUCAAAACAUCUGUUCCCUUGUAGCUUCAUCAAAAUUCUUUGCAAAUUUUUAAGGGCACAAAUGCUACCUAGUUAGGCCGCUGUUUCUAAAUGACAGCAAUAAUACAUGCUCCUGGCGGCAUGAGAGACUAAAAGAAUCAUUGCUUUAAUAUGUAACAUAAACUACCUGGUACGGAACUAUACUGUUUUUAAAUGAUUAGAAUUCAGAUAAUGUUAGAUUAAGAGGUAGGUUGUAAGGCUGAACCACGUAUACGUAUGUGCUGCGGCACCAGACGACUGUGAUAACUCGGUGGGCGGUGCCCAGCCUCCUACUUCAUACUUGUAUACUAAAAGCUACGAAAUACUUACAAAAAACAAGUGGGGAAAAACUUACUGAUUUUGAGGAGGUUGAACGUGUGUCGUAAACGUGCGCGUUAAAUGAGAAAAAAAAAACAAAAAACAAAAAAAAGGACAAAAAAAAACAUUAAAAAAUAGUCCAUAUGCACAUGAAUAAAGUAAUUUUGUAUGCACUUGGCAUGUUUUUAUUAUAUCUAAAUACUUUCGUCCUCUAUAUACAUGUGCGUAGAAAAGAAAAUUUCCACAUGUGCAUAUGAACUGAACAAGUAGGCCUCAUCACGUCUCUGCACGUUGAUUAUCAUGUAAUGUGCGAGUCCUACGUGUGAAUUACAUUAAGUAAGGUAGGAAUGGACCAGAAACACGUUAUUGUAAUCUGAAACGUUCUUUAUUUUGAAAUGAAUAUGAAGUUUAGUUGUGGUUUUUAAUGUCAUUUUAUUUGUUAAUGUUAAGAAAUUUUGUUACUCUUUUUGUUGCUUUGAAUUACGAGAUUAUAUUAAUUUGUUAUUUUACUUUGAAUUGGUGAAUGUAUUCACAUAAAAAAAGCAAGUUCUUAAGCACGCGUUACUACAAUUGUAUCUUUUACUAAAAUUUUACAAACGAAAAAAAUUCUUUCUUGCAGUUUCAAGAAAUAAUUGCCAUUGAUAGAACAUUUAAUUAUCUUUAUUUGGUUGGAAUUAAAGCGUAAGGAAAAAUUGAAAAUAAUUGGUCCAUUCCUAACUUCCGCCAAAUUUUUAAGACGUAAACUACACGUAUUACAUACUUAAAAUGCGUAUUAAAAAGCAUAAUUAAAUAAAACGAAUAUUUCUCUCUCAUGUACAUCAAGGCCCUGUUAAAUAAGUUGUUUAUUGAUAAUAAAUGCCAUCACGCUUGCAAUACAAAUUUUCCAUCUUUAUCAUACUGAUAAGUCACUGGUCAUAUUGUUACUAAUAAUAUACAGCAUUUUGUAAAACAAAUAUAAGAUCCUGCUACAUAUUUUAGUGUAGUAACUAAAAACGAUAUAUUGUAGCAAUUAAGAAAAUUUAUGCUCAAGUUUUGUGUUUUACAUUUGGCUUUCACAGUUUAUGCCAAGUAAAUGAGCAUACGAUAUAUACUUGAAAUGAUAUUAAUCCUGCAUAAAUUUUGUUCUUAUAAUUGUCUGUCUACUUCUUCACCCUAUACAUUCUAUGUACAUGUUAUUCCAUUUCUUCGAUUAUAAUUAAAAAAUACAAUCAAUAAGAAGACUUAUGCCGUAUAGGUAUCAAUUAGUUUUUUUUUAAAGUGAUAUUAUGUGAGUGUUAAUUUUUAUUCAGUUUUAAUGUUAUACAUCGAAAUACUUAAUUUUUCGUUUAGUAUAAUCAGUUUGGAUGUUUCAAAAAUGUGGUAUACACGUUCUUAUACAAUGCUAUAUAAAAAUGACCGUCUCUAUAAUUUUUUUCUUCUAUGUAAAGAAUACAUUAUUCUAUUUAAUUUGGAAUUUUAUAAGUAUUUAAAUUGUACUACAUGAAAGGUAUUGUACAGGCUUUCGUCAACUAUGCACUCGCUAUAAGAAGAAUGCAAAAUUUCAUUUACAAUAUACAGAUGAAAUGUAUAAAGGAAAGUAAUUGAUGAAUUUACUAUAAAAAAUAUAUAGUAUUAUACACGGUAAUACAAUAUUAAAUAUAUUAAAUAAAAAAGAAAUAAAUAUAUCUUAUUAGAAAUCUUCAUUAUUCAUUCAAUUAGAAAUACGUUGGUUAUUGAGUGCAAUUAAGUAAAUAGAUUAAUUUUUAGUUUUUAAGUUAUUAACAAAAAUCUGUAAGCAGGAUAUGACAAAAAUGCUUUAUCAUUAUAAAUAUAACGAUAUAUAUCACGACAGUGUCUUUCGUCAAAGUAGUUCAUUGACUAACAAUAAAAGUAAGAGCGACACUUAUUAUAAUUUGUUGGCAAACGAUGUUGAAUAAUUUUCAUAAAAAUAUCUUUUUUCAAGUAUGAACGCUUCGAUUAAAAGUCUAUUAUGAAUUAAAUUUUUCAACUUGACUUUGUGAAUUUUUCUGAAAAUCUAAAUUUAAUAUUAUAGCUUAAAGAAGUGAAAUAUUUCUUCAAACAUUUCACGUUAAAUCAUACAUACAUUCUUACUGUAAACACUGUAUUGUACAUUAGACUUAUUACAAUAUUCCAAGAUAAAUAGUUUCUUUCUAGCGAGGUGAGACUUAAAUUUUGACACUGAUAAAAAGAUUGCCCGAGGGCACAUUAAUGCACAUGUAUGUUUAAAAACUUGUUAUGGGAACAUCAUCUCUUCGAUGAUCCAACCUGAUCAUUGAUAUCUGGUCCACAGCUUAUUCCUAGCAAUCUGCGGUUUGCCUGUAAAAUGAAACUUUGUAAUUAUUAUCUUAGAAACCAUAUUUGCCUUUUUUCUUCUUUUAUCUUAGGAUAUAUAUUUUCACCUGGAAUUAAAUAAUAUAUCAGCCUUGACAUUAAUAAACCACACUAAGAGAAAAGAUACACUGGUUACUAUACUUCCAAGAAUCAUACUAAGACGUUCUGUUGCCGCUGAAGCUUUCAAAAACAUUCUUAGGUUUAUCGUUUGCCAUAUUGAUUCUGUCCAUGUUGGGUAGAUGCCUGACUUCAUAUCAUAAUCUGUAUUAAAUAGGGUAAUGUAUAAUUAUCAUUAUAUGGUCAUUAUAUUUACUUCAAUAAAUUAAUAGUAAUAAAAGUA